AAGUGGAUCCUCUUUAACUCGGAAUCACCCGUACAUUCGGAAAAGUAUGAGGAUGUCAUCCUCGACCAAAUCAAUUGGUUUAUGAGUUAUCGCACGGAUUCAGACAUAUAUGUGCCGUACGGGUCGGUCAUCCCUUGUGAUAAUAAGUGGCAAAACGAAAACCUCUUCGACGGUAAGACUCGAAACGUCGCGUGGAUUGUGUCCAACUGUCACUUGAAGAGCAAACGAGAGGAAUAUGUCAAAGAACUGGUUAAGUACAUCGAUGUCGAUGUCUUUGGAAAGUGUGGUACAAACUAUUGUCCACGAAAUGACUCGUGUUAUCAAAUGCUUGAAAAGAAAUACAAGUUUUAUCUCUCGUUUGAAAAUUCUUUUUGCAAAGACUACGUGACGGAGAAGUUGUUUCAGUAUAUUCAGUACGAUAUGAUUCCCGUAGUAUACGGUUCGGCAAACUAUUCGCAAAUAAUGCCAAAGAAUUCAUACAUAAAUACCGCUGAUUUUGGUUCACCUCAAGAGCUGGCGAAUCAUCUGAAGGAGAUCUCGAGUGAUAAGCAAAAGUACAACUCGUAUAUGAAUUGGAAGAAUAAUUAUUGCGUUCAAAUAACUCAUUAUAAGUACUUUUGUAACUUAUGUGAGAAACUGAAUGUCGAUUCCGAUCGCAAGUCAACCAAUCGGUGGACUAAAUCCAAGUUUACAGAAGCCCAACCUAUAAACACGUAUAUGGACCACGAGUGCACCAAAUAUGUCGAGUAUGUGAUCCGGGCAAACGGCACAAAUAAUUUUGACGAUAAAAACUGA